AUGGCGCAGCGCGAGCACGCCUCGUCGUCGUCGACGACGGCGACACGUCCAACGCCGCUCGAACGUCGCCGUCUUUCCACGGUCGAGUUUCACUCACCACCGCCUUCGCCUACCUACUAUCCCGAGCAUGAACCCACACCGCCUAUCCUGCCCAAGCGAACGCAGCGCGUGUUUGCGCUGCUGCUCAAACCUCUCGUUCUCCCAGCGCUGGCUAUCGCGCUGCCAGCAUGGCCGCUUCUCGCAGCAGCAUGUGCGAUCCCCGUCAUCGGCGUCAUGGCGAUUCCGAUCUUGCUGCUCAUCUCGGUGCUGCUACUGUACGUGAUCGCGUGGAUCUGCUACCUCUUUUUGGCACAGAGGGAUCUGCCCGCGACGUGGACCAAUGCGCAUCGAUGGUCUCCGAGGAACUUCUUCCCUUUCGUACCGAUCAACCCGAUCAGGUGCGCCAAAGUCGACCUGGCAGCUUUUCGAUACACUGUCACGGCUUUUCGUCUCGUCUUCCCAGCCAUGUUUGAUUGGAGCUACCGCAGGAUCAUGGUCAUCGGUACGACCAAAGGAUCGCGCGUGGUCAAGGAGGGCAUCCUCUACGGCAGCCCAUCUCGCGGUAAGAGGCUCGACGUGUAUCUUCCAGCCGAAGCGCCCGUCUCCGUCCAUUCAAACGUGCCCGGGGUUGGACCUGACGGUCAUCGCUCGAGCUCGACGACGAGCCUCCCCACAGCUUCCUCCAACGGCAUGCCCGUCAUUGUCGUCAUCCCAUCCAUGCUGGGUCCACUCGCCAUCACCUCCAAACGACGACUGUACCUCCAACUGGCGCUGCGACUUCGUCGUAUGGGCUACUGCGUCAUCGUCGCCGACAUCACCUACUAUCCGGAAUCACGCAUCAAGUCCUCCGUCAUCGACCUGCGACUGGUCCUGCGAUGGACUGCCAAGAACUGUCAGAGAUACGGAGGCGACCCUUCCAAGAUCUACGUGCUGGGACACGGUCUCAGUGCGCAUCUGAUCAUGCUGACCAUCUCGCAGGAGGCGGUGGUGCUCAGUCGUGAGGGACAUCUGGAUCGCGCCUACGAGCGGGAGAGACACAUGCUGCGGGCGAAACACGAGUCGGGUUCGCAUCACGGUAGGCGGUAUGGAGAGCAGGAUGGACGGAAUGAGGAGGGAGAAGAGUGGUUGAAGAGUGGUGAGGUGCGGACGAGGAAGAGGGUGGCAUCGGGGUAUUCGGAUGCGUUGGAUGAGGAGAUGGACGAACCGGUGCGACUGGACCGAACCGGACGCAGGGGCAGUGGAGAAGCGAACGGCGCUGCCGUGGAGAAGGAAGGCUGGGUGGACGAAUCCGAAGAGUCUGCAGGCAUUCCCGGUCACGUCAUGGGAUCCAUCCAGCGAUUCUCGUCCUCUCCCUCUCCCCAACCCUUGCAUCCCAACGGAAUUUCCACCUCUACAUCUCGAAAGACCGAGGAAGCCGAAUCCAUCCUAUCCUCCGCCGCGUACCGCAAAGCCGAAGACGAAGUCGGUAACGGUCUUCGUCGCGUCGAGAUCUACGAACCGGAAGUGGAGCUUCCCGCCAUCGCCGGCGUCAUCCUGCUCUCUGGCAUCAGCGAUGUCAUCAAAGGUUUCCGAUCCGAAUCGGAACGCGGUCUCGAACACCUCUCCUACCUGCGUCGGUCGACCGGUCCUUCGCACUUUAACUGUCUCAUCCAUUCCCCUGCUCACCUGCUCUAUGCGGCGAAGAACAUCGUAGACACCCGUCUGCUCCCGCAGAAGUUCUUGCUCGUUCACGGUGGGAAAGAUCAGGUCGUACCGGUCGAACAAAGCACCCUCCUCAAAACCCUCCUCGUCGGCAUAGGCGUAGAACACGUCAGGUUGAGAGCCUAUAGGAACCUCGGUCAUGCUGAAUCAAUCGCUUGCCUCUUCUUGGGUAUGGCUAGGUCCAACACGAGGUAUACCAGACAGAUCUCGGAGGACAUUUCAAGCUUUGUCGGCCAAUGA